UGGACAUGUGGCCGCACCUGUCUGGAUCAUUAAGGUCAGGUAUUGGCUGCUGACGUAUCAUUACCACGGAUAAGGUCGAAAUUAGGCUGCAGCGUUUCAGCAUGGAUCUCUCUGGGAAACUUAUUAUCAAAGCUCAACUAGGACAUGACUUGCGACGAAUCCCAAUACAUAAUGAGGAAAUCACUUACGAUGAACUUAUUUUAAUGAUGCAACGUGUCUUCAAACAGUAUAUUACAAAGGAAGAUGAAUUAUUGGUAAAAUAUAAGGACGAAGAUGGGGACUUUAUAACGAUUGAGGAUGAGUCUGAGCUCUCCCUCGCCAUACAGUCCAGCAAGGUGCUACAGAUUAAAGUCUUCGUUGUAAACAAACCUGAAAUAUUACAAUGUACUGCUCCAUUUAAAAACAGAAAAGACGGUGAAGCUAAAAAACUCGAAUCAGGGGAUACGUUUUCUUUAGUUUAUGAACUUCAACGGCUUGGUAACCACAUCCUAAACGUAGCUGAUCGUAUUCAAAAAACGUUUUCUGCCAACAAUUCCAUGGAUAUAGCUUUCACUAACUGUAAUCGACUUGAAAUAGUAAACAAAACAGACUCAAUAUGCAACCCGGAGAGUAACAAGGAAUUCGAUCCGUUAUCUAAUGUCCGAUCUACAGAUGUUACAAUCUCUUCUCCAAAUCCACCCAUCUACUUGUCAUCAAUCAACAGUUCAGAUAACAUUUCGAAAUCAAAAUCUUGUGUGCGUGUAGAUAAUAGAAUGAUUUUAGCAUGAUUUUCGUGGUGUCCAAUUCACAUAAGACACAUGACUGUGCUUCUCUGUAUUGUGGUUAACUUGCGUCUACAACCCGAAAUUAGUCUUUCACUGAUCAUGUCGAUCGGGGUAACCGGAAAUUACCAGCUAAUCACACAACACAAUUAAACUUAAGUUAAAAUAAUGGGUAGAAUUUUGACAUAUGUUGUUCUUCACCCUAUUUACUUUUCCAAAACCCACCUCAAUAUCAGUGAAAGUCGUCACUUUGAAGUAGAUCCUGUCGCAAGCAAUAUAUGGCAAAUUUCUUGACGGGUAUAUUAGUCCCUUGAAUAUACCCAUUAUAUUUUACAUAUAAUGAUCUUUAGAUCCAAUAUAUUCUCAGGAUCUACUAGUGUAAUUUUCAAUGUAGGUGCCCAUAAAAGCGGCAAAGCCUGGGUUCAAAUGCUGAACCAGAGUUAAUCUCUACUAAUCUAUCAGAUAUCUUGUGUGGUUAAGACCACAAACAUAAUCACAUAAAUUGUCUCCAAAUAGUUAAAUGUCAGGAAUUGAAUUAAUUGUAGUAGACAGAUUCA